AUGGCGGCUGCAAUUUCUUCACCGAUUGCUCACUCUGCGACAGUUGCGACUCCGAUGACGGCGGCAUUAGGCGGAGGACCGUUUGCGAAUGCAUCGCUUUACGUAGGCGAUCUCGAAGGGAGUGUGAUCGAGGCACAGCUUUUUGAGCUGUUUCGCCCAGUGGCUCAGGUUCUGUCGAUCAGGGUUUGCAGGGAUCAGACCACGGGAUCAUCUCUUGGUUACGCUUACGUUAACUUCGCCAACGCUCAGGAUGCGGCCAAUGCUAAAGAAUUUCUAAACUUCACUCCUUUGAAUGGAAAGCCCAUUCGUAUUAUGUUUUCUCAACGAGAUCCAAGUGUUCGAAAAAGUGGAUCAGGCAAUGUGUUCAUUAAGAACUUGGACGCGUGUAUUGAUAACAAGGCAUUACAUGAUACUUUUGCUGCCUUUGGCUCUGUUCUUUCUUGUAAGGUGGUUCUUGACAGUAGUGGUCAGUCAAAAGGACACGGUUUUGUGCAGUUUGAUAAUGAAGAAGAUGCAAAGAUUGCUAUCAAACGAUUGAAUGGAAUGCUAAUUAAUGAUAAACAAGUAUAUGUUGGAUCUUUUGUUCGCCAUCAGGAAAGGACUAGGACAAAUGGAUCACCCAAGUUUACUAAUGUGUAUGUGAAAAAUUUGUCGGAAACAAUAAAUGAUGAAGAACUGAAGGAUAUAUUUGGCCCCUUUGGAACAAUAACCAGUGCAAUAAUCAUGAGAGAUACAAAUGGGAAAUCUAGAGGGUUUGGAUUUGUGAAUUUCCAGAGUCCAGAUUCAGCUGCUACUGCAGUUGAGAAGUUAAAUGGAACCACCAUCAAUCAUGACAAGGUUUUAUUUGUCGGGAGAGCUCAGAGAAAAGCGGAACGAGAGCAUGAAUUGAGAGUCAAAUUUGAACAAGAAAGAAUUAGCCGAUAUGAGAAAUUACAAGGGGCUAAUUUGUACUUGAAAAAUCUUGAUGACAGUUUUAGCGAUGAAAAGUUGAAGGAUCUAUUUUCUGAAUUUGGAACUAUAACUUCUUGCAAGGUGAUGUUGGAUUCACAUGGUCACAGUAAGGGUUCCGGUUUUGUGGCCUUCUCUACGCCGGAGGAAGCAAGCAAAGCGUUGAAUGAAAUGAAUGGGAAGUUGGUUGGAAGAAAGCCUCUGUUUGUUGCUGUGGCCCAACGCAAAGAAGAGAGGAAGGCCCAAUUGCAGGCUCAAUUUGCCCAAAUUCGGGCCCCCGUUGGAAUGGCACCUCUGGCUGCAGGAAUUUCUGGAUAUCAUCCAGGGUCUCCGAGACUAGCCCCUCAACAGUUAUAUUACGGUCAAGGCACACCUGGUUUCAUACCACCUCAGCCUGCUGGAUUUGGUUUCCAGCAGCAAAUAUUGCCUGGAAUGCGACCUGUUGUUUCUCCAAAUUUUGCUAUGCCCUAUCAACUUCAAAGACAAAGUAUAGGUGCUCGACGAAAUGGAAACCUCCAACACGUGCAGCAAAAUCAACAGAUGCUACAACGUAACUCCAACCAAGUUUAUAGAUAUAUGGCCAACAAUCAAAAUGGUGUGAAUACUUCUGGAAUGAUGCCCAGGACAUUUGAUGGUCCAGUAGUUACUGCAGCUUCUAUUGAUAAUCAGCGUCCGAGGUCUACAUCACUUGCAUCAGAUUUAGCUUCUGCUACCCCAGAAAACCAGCGUAUGAUGCUGGGUGAACAUUUGUAUCCACUUGUGAAACAUCUUACACCAAACCAAUAUACAGCAAAGGUGACAGGAAUGUUGCUUGAAAUGGAUCGGUCCGAAGUAAUUCAUCUUAUUGAAUCUCCAGAUGACUUAAAACAAAAAGUCUCUGAGGCAUUGCAAGUCCUCGUCCAUGACGCUGCAUCCAGAUCUGAAGUUGGAGAUCAACUUGGUUCGUUGUCUUUGAAAGAAUGA